CACCGGGAUAUGUCACAAACUGUCAAAGGCAAUGCGAAGAAAAAAGACGGAAAAUGUGAAAAGUGCGUGAAAAAGUAGAAAAAGAGCUGGAAAAGUUGAUUUUGUGAGUGUUUGGGGUGUGAAAAAUGGAAGGGGAUAAAUUCCUGAUGGCGGCUGGCGUCACAGCAGCCGUUGUUGUGGGUGCAUUUGUGUUUUGGGGCCCCUCAGGAGCAUCACGCCUGCGCCAGCGUCGAGGUCAAAUAGCCGGUCUGCAUAACUUUGGCAGGACGUGCUUCCUCAAUGCCCUGCUGCAGGCCCUUUCCGCCUGUCCCCAAUUCAUCGGCUGGCUCCAACUGUCCAAUGCCAACGACAAGAAGAGCCUGGUAUCUAGUCUCUUGAGCACCCUGGAGGUGAUCAAUGGUACCCAUCCCUCUCUCAGGGGCGAUCCCCAUUCUCCGGGAUCUGUCAUUAGAGCCCUCACGGCUCUGGGCUGGGUGAUUCCUCCGGAUGAGCAUGAUGUGCAUGAGCUGCUGCAUGUGAUGCUGUCAUCCCUGGAGGAGGAAAUGGUGAAGCCAAAGAAAGUUGGUUGUCUGUCUGAUGCUCUGGGUCAGCAGCUCCAUGUGGACAUCCCCCAGGCCAGACCUUCCAGUGCCAUGCUGUCUGACUUUGACAAUCCCGAAUACAACGAGAUGGCCAAUCUCAUGCGCCAUACUCGCUCUGAAGCCCAUACUCCCGAUUCCCCACAUUCCACUUGCACAGACAUCGAUGACUCUGCCGACACAUCCCUCCUGGACGAGCAGCUGGCAUCUCCAUCAAUGAACUACAGAAUGACUCGAGUGGGCAGCAGUGCCCACGAGGGUGCCCUAGGUGGGAGUCUCAGCAAACGGAUCUCAAUGUCCUAUCGCUCUCUGGACCGUCUCAAUCGUGGUCCGGGUCGAGUGUCCGUGUGGAGCGAUAGGACGAGCAUUCAGGUGCCACAUCCCUUCCGGGGAGCCCUGAGCAGUCAGAUGACCUGCUCUGGCUGUGGCUUCAAGUCCGUGGUGAGGUAUGAUAAAUUCGACAGUGUCACACUGCCCCUGCCCGAAGUGAGGAAUCCUGGGCUGAGCCUGGGGCAUCUUCUGUCGGAAUUUAUAGCUCCGGAGACUCUCAAUGACGUCACCUGUGAAUCCUGCAACGAGACGACUGUUCACACGAAGACACUGACCUUUGCCAAGCUUCCGGCUUGUCUCUGUGUCCACAUUUCCAGGUGCACGUGGCUGCAGUUGGGUGGGCAGGUGUCCAAGAGGCAGGAUUACGUACACUUUCCGGAAAGUCUCUCAAUGGCUCCGUACAGUUUUGUUCAGCCGGGAUUGAGCAGUCAAAUGAGCACUCCAUGGGGUUCCACUCUUUCUCUCCUCUCCAGCAGCUUUCCCACCGGCGGCGGAGAUACUCCCACCGCCUCCUCCACUCCCUACAACUUUGGCUCCAUGUUCCCGCGGAAUCUCUACAGGCUGCUGGCCGUGGUUGUGCAUUCGGGAGAGGCCAACAGUGGACACUACGUCACGUACAGAAGGGGAGCUCUCCGGAAUGCCCACAAAUGGUACUUCACGUCGGACACGGUGGUCCGGGAGGUGUCCAUCGAUGAAGUUCUCAGUGUUCCAGCUUACUUGCUAUUCUAUGAUCGUGGACCUCAAAAGUCAUGUCACUAGAUCUCUCAAAAGGCAUUUCCUCUCAGAAAUUUUUGCAUUUUCACACAAAAAAAACUACACUAAAUUGUUUGUUUUGAAGGAAGCGGCAUGUCGGCAGCGUCCCGGAAGGGACAGGAAGUGAUACAACGGCAUGGGCUUCAGAUAAAUUGCGUAGGAUUGGAGUUAGAGGUAACAUUUAGAUGGCAUUCUCAAUGUAAUUGUGUCAUGUGUAGCCAUUUAAUUGGAAAGAAUAAAAAAUUUAUUUUAGAAUUUA